AUGGCGUACAACACCUCUUACCUCUCCUCCCCCGAUACGCCGUCAACAGUGUUCCCCGAACGAUUGAUUCGACCGCUACCCAGACGAUCGCUCAAAAGUCGAUUGUCCCAAGAGGCUGCCGAGUCCAUCACCUACCCUCCCGCCUUACCCUCGUCAAGUUUACCUACGUACACCCACUACGGGGAGAACGGAGAAUAUCCGAAUGACAGCAAAGUCCUCGUCCACCAUCACAGCGAUGGGUAUGAACAUGACCAUGACCAUGACCACGACCACGACCACGAACAUGACCAUGAUCAUGAUCAUCACGAGGAUGACCAUGAACACCAUGAUUGUCCUCACCACCAUCAUCAUCAUUGUCACCAUGAUGAUUAUGAGGACGACUUAGAUGAUCUUGAAGGUAUGGUCCCUGUGACCCAUUACUUUGUUGAUUCGCCACGAUCUCCCCAGUCACCGCACCAUGCGAGAUAUUCGACGAAAAGUGGUACUUCUGGACCUGAUGGAUAUGAAGCUUUUGAGAACACGAACAAUAAAAAGAAGAGAAAAAUCCCUAUAUCUGGGAGCCUCAGUUUACACCAUUCAGCAAUGACCAAUGAACUUGCGCAUCUGAGUAUUAGUGGAGGUAAGGAUGGCUCAGCCGACGAUUCAUACCAUACUCCAAAGCAUUCAGGAAGCAGUUCCGGACUUGGGGUCCAAGGUGCUGGCAGAGGCCGGGGCAACAGGAAGCUCCAGGGUCGCAACCCGCUCGGUGUCUCGGUAAACGGUUCCAACGUUCGCAGUGGUCCGUCCAAGUACGACCUGAACAUGAGCGCGAACGCAAAAGCCGAGGACUCAAAAGAUCAAGGGAUCAUCUCCGCCGCCAUUGCCAACGCCACCGCCCUUUUGCGCAAACCUUUAAGCAAAGGACAAGAAAACAUGGGCGUUCUUGACCAACAAGUCAAAGACGCACACACCAAUUCACAAUUUACCUUCACCUGCGAAACCGAGGCAAAGGGGGUGACUUUUCCAGAGCAGAGUUUAUAUUCGCCUGGAUAUAGUCAGCGCACCAAUCCGGCUCCGUCGUCCCAACCGGCAGGCUACCAAAAGGGCGCCUCGGGGCCAGCCUCAGCUACCAAUGCACCUCCGGGUCCUCAACAAGGUGCUGGCACGCCCACCGCGGCGGGCCAAGCCAAUUCACAAGGGAAGAAGCCCCGAAGACGAAAAGGAGAUGUUUAUGCUUUGGCCGCUCGACAGAGGAAGCUUCAACAAGAGUACAACAAUCUGCAGCAUCCACCAGCCCCUGAGGACAUCUGGAUCUGUGAGUUUUGUGAGUAUGAGAGCAUCUUUGGCGAGCCGCCACAUGCCCUCAUCCGUCAGUACGAGAUCAAAGACCGGAAAGAACGGCGUCGAUUAGCCGAAAAGAGACGUCUGUUGGAAAAGGCCAAACUGAAAGGAAGAAAGGGUCGAAAGCAAACCAAGAAUGCCGCCAAAGGGGCCCACCAUGGGACAGGGGCAACGAAUCAACAAACAUACGACAAUCAGCCGUUAGAUCAACUUGGUGAUGACGAUCUGGAUUAUGGUUACGACGAUGACCCAGUUCCAAUACCGGCCCCGACGCCUCAAGAGACGGCCAAACCACCAGCAACGGCAACCACAACGUCCAGUGCGAAGGCGGCGGACAAAGCUGGAGGAGGGGCGGGAGAAGAAGGCGGAGGGACACAUUGA